AUGCACCUAAACUCGAUAAACGAUGACGUGUCAAGCAGAGGAGAUGGUUACGAGGUGGUACCGGUCGAAUCCAUUGAGCUAGAGGUGAACGAAGUCUCAGACCACGCUACCUUGCCAGUGGUGUUAGACGUGGAGGAAGAGGCGCUGCUCAACGGACCUGCUGUUAGCGUGGAAACGACAGUGAAGACGCCUUUGGAAGCGCCCGCUGCGCCACAGACGAAGGUGCUGUUUCUCGAUGGUGUCCGUGGUCUUGCAGCUAUACUUGUUGUCCUCGAGCACGCGCGUGAUUGUGGGCCAGGUCUUGUACCCGGCUACAUCGGUGUCGAUAUCUUCUUUGUUCUCUCUUCUUUUCUCCUGACGUGGCUUUUCAUGAAGAAAAGCAUGAAGCUGCUUGCUCAAGGCGCAAACCGCCGCACAUGGAGGUAUGUGAUGGCCGACUACUUUCAGAAACGAUUUCUCCGGGUGUACCCACUUUUCUUUGUGCUAGUGAUCAUCCUGGCCCUCAUGUCGACCGAAGACCAAGAGCAUUAUUUCACGUCCGGUCGUCCACCCUUCAACGUGUUCAGGACGCUCAUUUUCGAGUUCGAGUAUCGCUACCACGUGUUCUGGUCACUACCGCUCGAAAUCGCGUACUAUUUCGUAAUUCCCGUCUUCGUCUUAGCUGUCUUGGGUAUGCGGAGAUUGUGGUGGGUAGGCGCGCUGCCAUUGACUGUGUGGGUUGUCUACGAAGGUUUCCACACGAUUAGACUCGACCACAUGCCUAUGAGACCUCAUGUUUCGACGUUCCUGACGGGUUCGCUGGCAGCCGUGGUUUUUGUGAAAGUGGACUUGUGGAUGAAGGAGAGAGAGUUUGUAUUCCAUUGGUGGCACGCAAUCGUUGUCCGAGCUGUUGAAUGGUUGACGAUCGGGAUCCUACUGAGUGUGUCGUUUCACGGUUUGCUCUUCACCUGGGUUCAUCAGAACCCAGCGCCCCCAAUAGGUGGAUUCCCGUACACGAGCGCGCUCAUAGCUGUGAUUAUCGUGCUCGAGAUACUUCGACCCUCCUGGGUGUCCGCGGCGUUCGAGUGGAACGUGCUUCGCUACUGUGGCAAGAUCAGUUUCUCCGUCUACCUCAUGCAUUCCUUCGUGCUUGAGAAUACGACACCCAACAGCCAGCCAUAUUACUACGACCGGCUGUUUUCUCGACUAGUUCUCAUCUCGAUCCUUGCAACGGUAACGUAUUAUCUGGUUGAGUACCCGUCGCUGUUGCUUGCGCAGCGCAUUUCAAAAUACCUGGCAGAGCAAGAGAAGAAAGCGUUGGUCGGUGUGAUGUAA